AUGGCCGCGGACCCAGCUGCACAACGUGCAUAUCUUCAGGCUAAUGUGGAUGCAGACUUUGUGUUCCUUCUUGAGGAGCAUGGGGUCGAUCUGGCACUUCAGUUUGCUAUCGGUCAACAUUACAAGAGCAUUCGCACUUUUGCUGCUUUCGCCGAUGAUCGUGGUGCAGCACGUACUGCGAUUACAGCCGAUUUCGCUAUCAGGCCUGAGAGCGCUGCGGAUCGAGCUAGGAUGGCAUGCAUCAUCACUGCUUGGGAAGCUUCCAAGAUGAUUCGAGAGGAGGAAGCCAAGCUUCGUGCUGAGGCUAAGGUUUUGGGUGUUCAGAAGCCACUCGCCUCUUCGGAUCGCGCGGCCAUGCGGGUCGCCCUGGAAGCUGUUCGAGGCUACACCGUGCCGGAGUCCGAGGAGCCGGCGCCUGAGUACUUGGCACACAAGCUUGAACAGAUUGAGAAUGGCGAGCCCACUGCCAGCUAUCUUGAUGAAGUUAUCUCUCGAAAAGAGUCCAACUCGCUUCAACUUCAGACUUCCUUGGACAAUCAGGGCCGGCUUCGGGUCAUGCGACAGAAGCCAAAAGGUCGCCUUCCGCAGAAUACGGAGGAGCUGCGGGCGAAGCUUCGUCUCGAGGCCUCCACUUGGGUCAUGCUCUCAGCCAAGUGUCGCGGUCGUGCAUAUUUGCAGGGGCUGCAGCUGUCACACUUUGAUCGUUUCCUUGAGUUCCUGUUGGGUGACAAGUGUUACAGCAUGCAAUGGCCCCGCAAGGGCAAGGACGGCAAAGGGGAAAAAGGCGGCAAGGACGGCAAGGGUGGCAAGGACGGCAAAGGGGGCAAGUCCACUGGCAAGAUUCAGGUCGGGGAGUCCUGGUAUGAGUUGGUGGCCAAGACUCCGGAUGGUCGUGAGCUUUGUUAUGCCUACAAUAUCAAGCGUGGAUGUCAGGUCAAGGGAUGCCAGCGCGUCCACGCGUGUCGCGUGAAGGGCUGCCAGGGCAACCAUCCGGCAUAUCAACACGGCGCGCAAGGUCCGUCUCGCAAAUCGGAUGUUCGUGGCUCCCUGGAGGCGCUUUGCAAGGCACAGAGUAUCACUUUGGUAAUGUCAGAAAUUGACAUCUGCCGCGAUCCCAAGCUAGACCUUUUGGAUCCUGCCAUCGCCGAUCGAUGUUUGCAGGAGGUUAAGAACUCUGAGUGGGAUGUGGUCUUGGUGACCCCACCCUGUGGGACCUUUUCGCGGGCUCGGUGUGUACAGCCGGGUCCUCGGCCACUGCGAUCACGUCUUUAUCCUCGGGGCUUUCCUUGGCUAUCCGAUUCUCACCGAGCUCUUGUUGAACAUGGCAACCAGCUUGUUUCUUUUGCCUUUGACAUCUGCACAAAUGCGCUUUCGAAUUCAGUACCUUUCCUACUUGAGCAUCCUGAAGAUCUGGGGCUCACUUCCAACGGUCAUGCUCCGGCUUCCAUUUGGCAGCUACCGGAGGCCGUUGCUCUUUUCAAGCAUGAGAAUGUCAUCACUUUCGCAGUAUACCAAUGCCAAUAUGGGGCGUUUUCGCCCAAGCCCACACGUUUUCUGUCUUCUAUUCCGGUUACUUCUCGAAUGCCCUUCACUGGGCCGCCUCGGUUUGACGCUUCAGAUCGAUACCUCGGCCCUUUGCCGAAAUACUGUGGUCAUCGGCAUCAGCAAAAACUGCUCGGGCCUGCCGCUACUUCCGCGGCUGCAGCUUACCCGGACGAUUUGUGCAGAACCAUUGCUGAAUGGUGUUUCUCCGUCUUCGAUGGGGGGGGAACACUGGCUGCAUUGGCUCCUACACUGGUGCUGGGACCGGGUUUUCAGUUUCCAGCGAGGGAGGUGGAGGCUGGCUCGGGCGCUUCCCCUGCGGAGCGACUUGCUGCAGAAUGCUUGAGGAGCGGGACAAUUUCGCACGGGCAACUUCUGCGCAUCUCUGAAUUGCUGCCGGAUGAAGACAGAGUUCGACAGACUUCUAAGGUGAUCGAAGGUCAGCGAUCGUUCACUGCAGGAGCCUUUGUUCACUCUGACAAGGUUGGCAUCAGGCGAAAGCGAAAGCGGGACCACUGCGAGACCACGACCGCAGGGGAUGCUGGCGACGAUGGGAAGGAGAUUGAGGACCUACCUUAUAGUGAGCUGAAAUCUGGCUGUGAGGGACCGCCCUUGGUGGGCGAGUUUGCAGGGGCGACUGACGAGUUUGUGGACGGCUUCGGUAGAUGCUCGCCGGGGCGUUGGAAACCUAUCUGCCGGGGGCGCCACAUGUCUCCUGCCGCCACUUCCUUUGCACAACAGCUUAAAGAUCGUGUUCGAAAGUUUGUUCUUGAAAACGUGCCUGAUCUGGCAAAAGCGACUUUUCGUCUGGCGACGGGGCAUUGGAAUGGUCCCUUGUUCGCUCCGGAGGCAAUGGACAAACUUCGCGAGGACUGGUUCUGCAUGCUGCCGGAUCCUGCACGAGCAAGGGAGCUGAUUCCUCAUCAGCCAUUCUACUUGAGGGCAAUGGCACAGACCCUAAAAAUCUUGGAGGAUCCCGACUACCGCAUCAUCGAGGAGGGCAAGUUCUGCUUCGUGAAUGGUGUGGAGGUCGGACACACUGCGCCAUUGGGGCCGGUCCCUCAAGUCUUCAGAGCUCGUCGAAAGGAUCAGAAAUACGAUGAGUCCGACUGGCAACCGCUGAUGGAUAAUUAUCGGGACGGCCCUGAGGUUGCAAAAUCGCUUGAGGAAGCAUUUGCAAAAGAAGAGGCAGAAGGCCGUAUGUUCCCACUCUCUCUUUCAGAGGCCCGGGCCCGCUAUCCGGGGGCGGCACUUCGUAUUGCAGCGCAGGCGGUGAUUCCGAAACCUGACCAAGAUUUUCGUGUGGUCCAUGAUGGGACCCACGGGGUCCACGUUAACAAUGAGAUUGUUAUGCUGGACCGUCUUGAAUCGCCAGGGGCUAGGGAAGUGUCCGCGAUCCAAAAGCUGGGCAGCGUGUCUGAUGAGAAAGUCCUCUUCGGUCUCGUGGGGGACGUGAAAAAGGCGCACAGGCGCUACUUGCACCAUCCCGACCAUUGGGGGGUGCUCUCCUGCAGAACGAGGAGCGAUUCCUCUGUGGUCUGGGUCAAUCGCACUGGGACUUUCGGAAUUGCUUCAGCGGCUUAUUGGUUUGCGCGGAUCAUCGGUCUCGUGGGCAGGCUUUCCCUCAGAGUUCUCCUUCAGUCAUUCCUCUUCAUGCUCAUUUAUGCCGAUGAUCUACACGUGCUCAGCGGGGGACCCGAUCGCUGGCUCAAUCUCUGGAUGUCCCUUGCGCUACUAUGCCUUCAGGGGACCCCCUUCUCAGAACGAAAGUGGCGUGGGGGACUGCAACUUGAUUGGGUCGGUUAUUGGAUUGAUUAUGGACGCUUCAAGCUGGGAAUAUCUGAAAGGAGGUGCCAUUGGAUCAUCAGUGGCAUCGAAUCCAUGGAGGGAAACGGCUGGCUUGUGGAUGUCCGACGAUUUCAUGAGCUUCACGGGAGACUCGGUUUCAUGUCCCAGUCUUAG